UUGUACACCCCAUUUUCUUCCUUACCCAAAAAUAACUAAAAAUUUCCUCUCUUUCUCUCUCUCUACGGAAAAUAAUUAUUUAAAAUUAUAAAAAGAAUCACAAAUUUGAAAAACAGGACAAACAAAAUUUCCUUUUCUCUUCCUCUUUUUAUUUUUUAUUUUUUAUUUAUCUUUCUUUCUAUAAAAGCUUUGCUCUGUUAUUUCUGUUCGCCUUCAUGGACUUUUAUUUCUUCCAUUUCACUCAAGUUUCUUCUUUGUUUCACAAAACUCCAGUUUUCUCCCAUUCUCUUUCAUUUUAAGCAACCCCAUUUUGUUUUCUGUUCUUUAGAGUUAUGAUGCAGGACGUCAUGAGCUCUGCUUCGGACCAAAUGCUUCCCAUUGAUGAAAUCUCGAGUCCGAUCAAUGCGCAAAUAUUUGAUUUCUGUGACCCCGAGCUGUUCGCGGAGACGCUACAGAAUUCUGAGUUCAAUUCUUGCUCAAAUUGUUGUUACGACAAGAAUUCACCUUAUGCUACAAAUCUGUCUAAUUCUCCAGAUCAAACAGAUAACAACGGCAAUGGCAAUGGCAAUACUGUUGCCGGUGCUGCAUCAUUUAUACCUGCUAACGAUGCAUCAGCUGCAACUAACAUAACGACCAACAGUACCAGCAAUCUGUCUGCUAUCUUUGAUUCCCAAGAAGAACUUGACAAUGAUAUCUCUGCCUCCAUAAACUUCUCUCCAUCGGCUUCGUUUUCGAUGCCUCAAUAUCUCACCAUCCAGUCAGGGCAGUUCGAUGUUUCUCAAGUGCAAUCUCAAAUGCCAUUGGUAGAUCCCAUGAUAGAAGGGCUUGUGCAGUGUCCUAUGGCUCCAGUUGGAGCUCUCAUUGACGAAGAUCUACCGUCGAUUUACGUCGAUGAUUGCUUAUCUUCCUUGACUUCCUACAUGCCAAUGAAUCCUGCUUCCCCUUCAUGCUCGUUUGUCGGAGCCUCCAUGGCAACAUACCUGCCUACCACAUCAAUGAAUCCUGCUACAUCGACUGUCGAAAGUUGUGGAAUGUUUUCUCUCCUCGGCCCUGAAUUGCAACCGCAAGACCUUGACUAUCAAGGAGACAACUGUGGACUCUACAGCCAAGACUGUAUGCAGGGGACUUUCAAUCCAGCAGAUCUUCAGGUGCUUAACAAUGAAAAUCUACAACUGGCUGCUGGGGCAAUGAACUGCACUUCUUUAGCUUCAGAUCUCUCAAGCUUAAAGGACAGUACUUUCAAAGUAGGAAAACUCUCCAUGGAAGAGAGAAAGGAGAAGAUUCAUAGGUACAUGAAGAAAAGAAAUGAGAGAAACUUCAGCAAGAAAAUCAAGUAUGCCUGCCGAAAAACACUAGCAGAUAGCCGACCACGGGUUCGAGGACGGUUCGCGAAGAACGACGAAUUGGCAGAGAAUCACAGGGCUGCUUGUAGCAACCAUGAAGGAGAAGAAGAAGAAGAAGUAGUUGUGAAGGAAGAAGAUAGCAUGAUUGAUUCCUCAGAUAUCUUUGCUCAUAUCAGUGGAGUGAACUCCUUCAAGUGCAACUAUCCAAUCCAGUCUUGGACUUGAAUUUUUUGAUGUUGUUUAUUAAAAAUAAAACACCAAAAAGAAAAAAAUUAGAAAAAAGAAAAAGAAAAAAAAGAGGAAGAAACUACAAUUUUGCAGGACCCAAAUACAGAUAUGAACAUAAGAAUAAGAAUAAUAAUGUUAUGAUAUGUAGUAGAAAGAGAUAGCGAUGAAGGGUCAUAAAAAUAGAAAUAAGUUUGAGUCAGGCCACCUAGCAAUCAAACUUUAGAAGAAGUUUUCAAUUUGUAGAUAUCUCAUCAACAAAUUCAAAAUCCUUAAUUUGUACAUGUUAGGGGUUUAUGCCCUCAAAAGUUGCAAUAAUUAAUACAAUGUUCAAAUUUAAUUAUAAGGUUUCUUACAACA